AUGCCAACCGAAGAGGAACUCACUGUCCGUAUUGCGGCCGCUGGCGACGCAGUGCGCGACCUGAAGGCGAAGAAAAACGCGGACAACGCGGCAGCCAUCAAAGACGCAGUGGCGCAGUUGCUCGCACUGAAGGCGCAGUUCAAAGACGUGACUGGUAAAGCAUUCGGUCCGCCGCCCAGUGCCACGAAGAAGAAGCAGAAGAAGAACGAGACGGACAACGAAAAGCCAAAGGGGGAGACGGCUGAGGUGUCCGACGGAGCGAAGGACCCGUCGACAAAGUCCAAGAAAGAGCUCAACAAAGAGCGCAAGAAGGCGCACAAGCUCGCGGUCAAGACGGGCACAGCCGACGCGUCUCCUGCUGCUGCUUCUUUAGCUACUGCUACGUCAGAUGGUGCUACUGCAGCUGCUGGAGUGAAGCCGUUGAAGAGAGCUGUGUACGCUGCCAUGGAGCUGCCUCCCCCUUCAGCUGAAAACGACGGAGUGAUUGUGUUUUCGAGCGCGGGUCAGCUCCCCCGCGCCAGCUUUGCCGUGGCGCAAUUGGUCAAGUACACGCCUGAAUUCCGCAACAUUGGACGGGACGCUGCGAGCGCAGCUCUGGUGCCGACGCUGACGCGCGCCGACGGGCGUCUCGUGUCGGGCGACUUUGCAGUUGCGCGCUACUUGGCGCGUCUGAAGCCCGAAUUGGGGCUGUAUGGUGCAGCGUUGAAAGAUGCAGCGGCUACAGAGGCAGCGCUGGUGUUUUCGCAGAUCGAUGCGUGGCUCGACUUUGCGUUGACGCGUUUCGGCUCGCGCAUGGACGACGAUAGUGGACUGCAGAUCUUGAAUCGUGUGCUCCAGACGCAGACUUUUAUUGUGGGCCACGCGCUGUCGCUCGCAGACAUUGGCGUUUGGGCAUUACUUUCGCCGCUGCGGAACGUACUGGACUUGUCCGUGUUCCCGAACGUGGCUCGCUGGUUCGCGCACUUGGAAGCACAGCAGACAGUGUUUGCCAAGAUAGACAGCACGCUGAAAGCCAUGAAAGCGCCUGCCCCGGUCGGAGCUGUGAAGAAGGGAAAGGACUCAGGCAGCUGUCCGCCUCUGAAGGAUGCUGUGGAUGGACAGGUUGUGACGCGUUUCCCCCCUGAACCAUCAGGAUACCUGCACAUUGGCCACAUCAAGGCUUGCAUGCUGAACAACUACUACGCGCGCCACUACCACGGCAAGCUCAUUGUGCGUUUCGAUGACACGAAUCCAAGCAAAGAGAAGGAGGAAUUCGAACAGAGCAUUCUCGCUGACCUCAAGCGCGUUGGUGUCGAGCCGGAUAUAGUGAGCUACACGUCGGAUUACUUUCCGAAGAUCGCCGACUUUGCUCGCCAGAUGAUCCGUGAGGGCCACGCGUACAUGGACAACACGCCGCAGGAGCAGAUGCGUGAGGAGCGCAUGGAAGGCACUAAUUCCAAGUGUCGCGACCAAGCACCAGAGAUGAAUCUGGCACUGUUCGAGAAGAUGCUCAAGAAUGCCCCAGAGGCUCACGGCUGCUGCUUGCGUGGCAAGAUCGACAUGCAGGCCAAGAACAAGACGAUGCGCGACCCAGUGUUUUUCCGUCUGAACCCGACGCCACACCAUCGCACGGGGACCAAGUAUCUAGCGUAUCCGACGUACGAUCUGGCAUGUCCCAUUGUAGACUCGUUGGAGGGCGUGACCCACGCGCUGCGCACGACGGAAUACAAUGACCGCGACUUCCAGUACCAGUGGGUGCUGGACACGCUCCGCCUGCGCAAGGUGGUCAUCCAGAGCUUUGCUCGCAUGAACUUUGUGUACUCAGUACUGUCAAAGCGGAAACUGCAAUGGUUUGUAGACAACGGCCAUGUUGAGGGUUGGACGGAUCCGCGUUUUCCGACUGUGCAAGGCGUGCUGCGUCGUGGCGUUCAGGUAGAAGCGCUGCGUGAUUUCAUCCUCAGCCAGGGCGCUUCACGCCGCAUCACGGACAUGGAGUGGGACAAGUUCUGGACACUGAACAAGCGUGUGCUGGACCCGACUGCCCCGCGUUACUUCGCUGUCGCCAAAGAGUUUUCGGUGCCGCUUACGCUGACAAAUGUGGAGGACAAGGUGGUAGGAAUGCCAAUCGACCGCCACCCAAAGGACCCGUCCAUGGGCAUCAAAAUGGUGCGCUUCUGCAACAAACUGUUGCUCGAGCGUGAUGACGUGGCUAACUUCGUCGAGGGCGAGGAGGUGACUCUCAUGCGCCACGGCAACAUCAUCAUCAAGAAGGUAAACAAGGCCGCAGACGGCACCAUUGCCAGCGUUGAGGCCGAGAACUUCCCGGAAGGUGACUUCACGAAGACGAAACUGAAGGUCACGUGGCUGGCUGACGUGCCGGAUCUAGUGCCGCUAGUGCUAGUCGAGUUCGACCACUUGCUCAACAAGGCCAAGCUCGAGGAAGACGACAACUUCCAAGACUAUCUCACGGAGACGACGCGCGCCGAGAUGCACGCUUUGGGCGACCACGAGCUCCGCAACAUCAAGCAAGGUCAGGUCGUGCAGCUGGAGCGUCGCGGCUACUUUCGCGUGGACGUGCCGUACAUUUCGGACAACAAGCCUGUCGUCAUGUUCAUGGUGCCCGACGGGAAGGCCAAAGCCAUGUCGACGUUGUCCACCAAGCUUGUCCAUCGGUAA